GCUCUCGUUCUCGUUCUUCGUCUUGCUAUCCCCCCCCCUUCAUAGCCAAAAGGACCACCCUCCAAGCAAAACAAACAACCCCCCAAAAAACUUUCAUUCCGCUUGUUGAGGCAAUCCGAAACAAACCCCAACAUGCUUGCUGCUCUUGCGCUGAGGCCGGCGUCACGGCGAUCACUCGUCGCCGCGGCUGCAACCCCGAACACGACGGUGCGCGCGUUCGCGACACGGACUGCCGCACUCGCGUCUGCGCCGACAACGGGUGCAUCCAACAAGCCACCGUCAUCGUCGGCAGCGGCGGGUGGCGCUCGCUCAUUCACAGCCGGAGACAAUUCUUCGUCCUCGUCGGGCAGCGGCAGCAGUGGCGCGGGCAGAUCUGCCAUCCUCAUUGCCACCGGCGUGCUCGUCACAGCUGCUGCCGCAGGCCUGGCUCUGACCAGCGUUAGCGAAGACGCCCGCGAUGCCGUGCGCAAACACGUCCCGUACGGCGAGCAAAUUGUCGGACCCGCUCCCGUCAAGCUCGCUCCAGCUCCUGUCGCCCCACCCAAGCCCAUCCAAGGCUACAAGAUGCCCGAGAUUCGAAAGACGGAGAAGGUGGACAAGGUUGAAAAGGCAGACAGCGUCAAGGCGGAAAAGGCCAAGCCAGAGCAGGCAGACAAGCCUGAGGAGAGCAAACCGCCUGUCAAAGCCAGCAGCAAGUCAACCAAAAAGCCCGCAGCUGAAAAGUCAGAGGCGACCGCUGCUGCCGCCGCCGCUGCUGUGAGCCCUGCCACGACUGCCGCAGAGUCUGUGGUUGCAGAGACCAACCCAGCUGCCCCUGCUACUCCAGCAGUGGAUGCUGCACCAGCGCCUGCCACAGCGGACGCCGCCACUCCAGACACCACUGCACCUGCAGGCGAAGCAGCACCCGUCGUAGCUGCUGCUUUGGCCGCCAUUCCCGCAACCGACUUGCCGGCAGAUGUUGUCGCCCCUGGCUCCGCCGCAGCAGAAGCGUCCCUGCACACGCCAACAGACACCUCGUCCCACCCCGUCGGCCACGAGAGCGCUGCUGCGCAGCCAACUGACUUGACCGAGAUGCUUCACCGUGUCGAGCAGCUCGAGCGCGUCAUUCGGGCGUCUGCCGACAACACGGCUUCUUCUUCGUCUUCUUCUUCUUCUUCUUCUUCGUCUGUGACCGACCUCGACGUGGCCUCUAUCGAUGGCACAGUGUCUAACGAAGCGAUGGCUCGACAACUAGCACACAUCCGACAACGUGCCGCCACAGAGCUCGCCGCUGCAGUCCGGGAUCACCAGGAAACGCGCAAACACGAACGCGAGCAGUUGCUGGCUACCUUCGCACAUGACUUGCAGCAUCGACUUGCGACCCAGAAGGAUGCGUUGACUGCCAAUUUUGCUGCCGAGCUGAAGGCUCGCGAGAAGGACAUUUCCGAGGAGUGGGAGUUGCAUUCCGCCCUCGCUCUGGGCCGAGAGCGAGCCCAACGACUGGCUGUGCUGCAAUCGUUGCUUGUCCGAACGAAAGCUCUCGAGUCUGUGCUCGACACCCAAGCGCAUGCCCAUUACCAGAGCCAGGAAACCCAAAAGUUCUUCCUCACGACGACGGCCCUGGCGAGCAAGUUGAAGGCGGGACUGCCCGUCCGCACCGAGGUGGAGGCGCUGCGCAUUGCGGGUGCUGGCAGUGCGAUGGUACAGACUGCCCUCGACAGCAUUCCUGAGGCCGUUUUGGACCACGGUCCGCGCACGCUCUCCUUCCUCACUCUCCGACUCGAGAAUGUCAAGCGCGCUGUGCGACGUGUUGCCCUCGUGCCAGAAGCCGAGGAUGGCGUGAUUGCGCAUGCCCUGUCCUCGUUCUUUAGCGUCUUUAUGCUGGAGCGUAAAGGACUUGUCGCCGGCGAUGAUCCCGACUCGAUCGUUGCCCGCGCCGAGUACUACAUCCGCCACGGCGAUCUCGACAGCGCCGCACGGCACUUGAAUCAGCUCAAAGGCUGGCCGCGCCGUCUGGCCAACGACUGGCUCAAGGAAGCGCGCGCUACUCUUGAAGCCGAGCAAGCAGCCGCGCUUUUGACUUCCUUUGCCAGCCUUGCUGCUCAAGGGCUUGCGUAAAACAGCCAACAAUAGUGAAACAGUGUUUUUUUUUUUUUUGGUUCUUGUCCCUGUGACUUUGAAGCGUAGGUUGAAUGGUUGUUUGUGGAUUUUUUUCUUCUUCUUUUGCUUUGUUGUUGAUUUCUUUGUACUUUGUUCUGAUCCUCCAUUUUGGAUUACAUGUUUUAUGAC